UGGAGUGAGCGGGUCUGCUGUGAGGGGUCGGUCAGAGGAGAGGAAUCGUCUGGGCAGAGAGCCGCUGGCGAGGCUCGAAGAAAAGAGAAGAGAGGAGAAAAGAAGGUCCUCACAGAGACAGACGUUACAAACAUUACAAAGAAGCGGUUUAAAGAUGGAACUUAAACUACUUUUCCUUUCGACAUUGUUAGGAGUUAUAUGCUACAGCAGCGCUCAGCCAGAGGGGAAUGAGUGCAUCAAGGCUAAUGCGGAAUCCUGCGGGGACUGCAUACAAGUGGGGGCUAAAUGUGGAUGGUGCACGGACACAGAGUUCCUGAAGCAGGGUGAACCCACAUCAGCCCGCUGUGAUGACCUGGAGUCUCUACGGAAGAGAGGUUGCGUGGCAGCCAAGAUCGAGAACCCUCGAGGAAGUCAGAAGAUCCUCCGAAACAAACUUGUCACCAACCGCAAGAAAGGAGGAGAGAAACUCAAACCUGAGGACAUCACCCAGAUCCAGCCACAGAAACUUUCCCUCAGCCUCAGAUCUGGAGAACCACAGACGAUAGACCUGAAGUUCAAAAGAGCAGAGGACUAUCCUAUAGACCUGUACUACCUUAUGGACCUGUCCUACUCCAUGAAGGAUGAUCUGGAAAACGUCAAGAACUUGGGCACCAGCCUGAUGCUGGAGAUGUCUAAGAUCACCUCUGACUUCAGAAUUGGUUUUGGUUCCUUUGUGGAGAAGACAGUCAUGCCCUAUAUCAGCACUACUCCUGCUAAGCUGUUGAACCCCUGCACUGGAGACCAGAACUGCACCAGCCCCUUCAGCUACAAGAACGUCCUAAAACUCACCAGCAACGGGCAGCGGUUCAACACACUGGUGGGUCAGCAGCAGAUCUCUGGCAACCUGGACUCUCCAGAGGGGGGGUUUGAUGCCAUCAUGCAAGUGGCUGUCUGUGGGGAACAUAUUGGCUGGAGAAACGUCACUCGAUUGCUGGUGUUUUCUACGGAUGCUGGUUUCCACUUUGCUGGAGAUGGAAAACUGGGUGGAAUUGUGCUUCCUAAUGAUGGAAAAUGCCACCUGGAGAACGACAUGUACACCAUGAGCCACCAUUAUGACUACCCCUCCAUUGCCCAUCUGGUGCAAAAACUGAGUGACAAUAACAUCCAGACCAUCUUUGCUGUUACAGAGGAAUUUCAGCCUGUUUAUAAAGAAUUGAAAAAUCUCAUUCCAAAAUCUGCAGUGGGAACACUGUCUGCGAACUCCAGCAACGUGAUCAAUCUUAUCAUUGAUGCCUACAAUUCUCUAUCCUCAGAGGUCAUUUUGGAAAACAGUAAGCUGCCUGAAGGAGUGACCAUCACCUACCAGUCCCACUGUAAAAAUGGAGUCGUCAGUGUUGGAGAGGACGGACGUAAAUGCUCCAACAUUUCCAUAGGAGAUGAGGUCUACUUCAGCAUAAACAUCACUGCUCAGGGCUGCCCCAAACAAGGCAAGACUGAAACUUUAAAGAUCAGACCGCUGGGCUUCACUGAGGAAGUGGAGAUCAGACUGAGUUUCAUCUGUGACUGUGAGUGCCAGAAGGAAGGCAUUAUCAGGAAGGACCUCUGCCAUAAUGGCAACGGCACGUUCGAGUGUGGAGCCUGCAGGUGCAACAAGGGCCGUAUUGGCCGAGAGUGUGAGUGUAGGAAGGACGAGGUGUCUAGUGAGGACCUGGAUAGGAACUGCCGCAAAGACAACGGCACAGACCUCUGCAGCAACAAUGGAGAGUGUGUGUGCGGAAAGUGCGAGUGUAAGAAGAGGGACAACCCUGAGGAGUACUACAGCGGCAAAUACUGCGAGUGUGACAACUUCAACUGCGACCGCUCCAACAACAAGCUCUGUGGAGGCCACGGCCGCUGUGAAUGCAGAGUGUGCAUUUGUGAUGCCAACUACACAGGAAGCGCGUGUGACUGCUCUCUAGACACCUCCACCUGUCUGGCCUCCAACAAUCAGAUCUGUAAUGGCAGAGGCCUUUGUGAGUGCGGUACCUGCAGGUGCACCGACCCCAAAUUCCAAGGACCCACCUGUGAGAUCUGCCCCACCUGCCCUGGGGUCUGCACUGAACACAAGGCAUGCGUUCAGUGCCGGGCUUUUGGUACAGGAGAGAAGAAGGACACUUGUGAGCAAGACUGCAACUACUUCACUCUGGUCAAGGUGAAAGACAGGGACAAGCUGCCCCAGCCAGUGCAGGCCUUCCCUCUCAUGCACUGCAAGGAGAGAGAUGCCAACGACUGCUGGUUCUACUACACGUACGCCGUCAACAACUACACAGAGGUCCAUGUCGUGGAGACUUUAGAAUGCCCGGCUGGUCCUGACAUCAUCCCCAUUGUGGCGGGAGUGGUUGCUGGAAUCGUGCUGAUUGGUCUGGCCCUGCUGUUAAUCUGGAAGCUGCUCAUGAUCAUUCAUGACCGCCGCGAGUUUGCUAAGUUCGAGAAAGAGAAAAUGAAUGCCAAAUGGGACACGCAAGAGAAUCCAAUUUACAAGAGUCCUAUUAAUAAGUUCCAGAAUCCAAACUAUGGACGUAAAACUGCUGCUCUUUAAGGGGAAAAUCCAAUCUACAAGAGUGCUGUUACAACUGUGGUCAAUCCCAAAUAUGAAGGCAAAUAAUGGAUGCGUCCAAUAUGUUCAUAACAAUGUUCUUAAUUUGACUUUGAAAUAUUAUGUCCUUCCAUUUAAACCUUUCAUUUUAUUUUGUAGAAAUGUGCAUUUUAUAUUGUAGCACUGCAUUAGGACACGACACUUAUGUGGCUCCUAUCAACUCAUUGCAAAAAAGUGUACAGUUUGUAUAGACUUUUUAUUUGCAUCUGUAUUUUUUUGAGUACUGUUAUAUCCUUCCUUUUACACAGGACAGACAUUUAUGCCUUUCACAAUGAUGCAAGAACAUUUUGUUUAAUGUUGCGAGGCAAAAGACGCCCAUAAAGCGGCUCAUGAAGUAUCAUACAACGUUUUAUGAAGACUGCUAAUGAUUAUCUGCUUUGGUCAUUCUGCGUUUCUGUACAGACGGCUGUAUAAAUCCUGAAUUGUCAUUGUUCUGCGUUAGACUGGGUGUAUGAAUAUGACACUGAUAUGUAACAUGCCAUUAAUGGUCUGAAUAUAACAUCUCACUAAUGACGACAGCUGACAAUCAGGGAACUGCUUAUUCUUAUCUUAUAAGCCAAUGAAUUCAUAGAUACACGCGUUCCAUGAAUCACAAGUAUCCUGCAAUGUUAUCAAACAUUUCUUAUUCCACAAUUUAUUCUCACUCUACAGUGGCUAUAUCAUUUCUACUGGAAAUUUUGAUUUAUAAUAGCACAUUUGUCUUGUGUUCAUUCUUUUCUCUUUGUUCUGUAUUUUUUUAAAUUGUUAUUUUGAGCAAUUAUGCAAUUCUCUGGAUAUCCAAUCAGUGAGUAACCUCACUUGCAGAAUGUCUUCAUAUCAUUAGUAGCUGUAAAAAGCCACUGAUAAUAACCUUUACUGAUCGUCCUUCAUAAGACAUCCUUAAAUCAUAUUCAUUACUGAUGUGCAGUUGAGCAACGGAAAGAUAAAACUAUUAGAUUAGUCCAGUAAAUAAGCUCCAAAUUGGCCAAUUCACUUUGCUAGAUAAAAAGGAAACUUUGCAUACUUCAUAUAUAUAUAUAUAUAUAUAUAUAUAUA